CUCGGCCCCGGAAGGGGAUGGAGCCGUUCGUCCCGCGGCCGCUGCAGCGGGGAGCUGGGGGUCGCGCCGGGCCGACGGGGCGAUAAGCCAUGCCUGUUUCAGCUGAUGAAACUGUGGGGAACCUAGCUGUGAGAGAUACAGUCCCAACUCCAGCUGGAAUUGAAGGAUUACAAGAAAUAUCAUCUACACAGAAUGUAAAAGCUCGACAGGUCGUAUCACGAAUCAGUCGAGAGGAGCUGGAAGACAGAUUUCUUCAUCUACGUGAUGACCACAUUCUACUCAAACAGUAUGCAAAUAAGCAAGAGGAGAAAAUUAAAAGAAUGACCACCAAGUUAAUACGGCUUGUUAAUGACAAAAGAAAAUGUGACCAGGCUGGCUGUGGACCCAAGCGGCUGGGUCAGGCUCUGGAGAUGGAAGAAAUGAUUGAGCAUUUGCGAGAAAGAGUUCGUGAGCUUGAGAAACAAAAUGAGAGCCUCCGCAACAAACUCAUUUCAACUAAACAGCAGCUCCAGCUUCAAGGCCAUAGACCUUGUCCGUACAGCUCCAUUCAGUCUCGUGUGAACACUGGUCUCAAAAAAGAGAGUGAGGCUGCUGGCAUGCCAGAGCAGACCAAGAAGGGAAUGAGAUUUCAGAGUUUAGAAGGGAGAUCGUCUGACCUUGUGCUCCCCAGAUAUGGACAGAGUCUGCUCGAGGAUUCAAGGGCUGAGAUAAGAAAUUUGGAGACUGUCAUUGAGUCCCAAAGGAAACAAAUUGAGGAACUAGACCAUGCCAGAGAGAUUCUUGCGAGUCAGCUCAGAAGGAAAGAAAAGGAGAUUGAAGAAUCCCUCCUACGGCUGAAAGAGCAGGGUACAGCAAGCCAAAGGCUAAACAUUCAGGACAAUGUGGAAAUGAUCAAGGUCCGUAAACAGCUGGCUGAGAAAAGCAAUGCCCUUUCAGCAAUGGAAGGAAAAUUUCUCCAGCUUCAAGAGAAUCUAAAGAACUUGAAGACCAACCAUGAUGCUUUAUUAGCAAAAGGUGACGAACUGAAUGUUCACCUUAAAGAGGAGCGAUUAAAAUGCUUUCAUCUUCAAAAAGAAUUGCAGUCGGUAACUAUUUCAAACAGAAGGACAGAAGAGUUACAGGAAAGAAUAAAUUAUCUAGAAAAAGAGAAUGAACUCUUGAAGGAAAACUAUGAUAAGCUGCAUAACAGUGUCUUCAGUCUGCCCCAUGAACAGCAAUGGAAAUCAAAGGAACAGCAACUGAAACUGCAAAUUGCUAAACUAGAGACAGCUAUCAAAACUGAUUUAGCAGACAAAAAUGAAAUCCUUGACAAGAUCAAAGUAGAAAGAGACCAAAAGGAAAAGCUUAUGCAAGACAACAAAGACCUGCAGUUACGCUACCUGGAACAAAAGCAGCAAGUAGAUGAUCUGAAAAAUCAAGUGAAGUUUUUGACCAAGUUUCAGGGAAGUGAUGUUGGUGUGGCAGAACUCAGUGAAAACCUCUUGCUUAUAAAGGACCGAAAGCAACAGAAUAAUGUGGACCUCCUGUUCUUGGAAAAAGUGGAAGAUGAUAUCCGUAAAGAUACAGAGUACUCCAUGCAGGAGCUGCAGUUAACACAUGCGGAAACAGUGCAAGAACUUGAAAAGACAAGGAAUUUGUUACUUGUGCAGCACAAAAUUAGCAAAGAUUACCAGAGUGAGGUAGAAACAAUGACAAGAAAGAUGGAAAGUCAACAGAAAGACUAUGAGUUAAAACUGGAACAGUAUACCCAUCUUCUUGAUAUUAGAGCUGCACGUAUCAAAAAACUAGAAGCCCAACUAAGAGACGUUGUCUAUGAUACGAAACCACUUAAGUCCAAACCAGAAGUAUUGCCAAGUGAUCCAGUGGAUGGAUUGGUUGAAACUGUUAAUUUAGAAAGAGGAGAGAACCUUUUUGAAAUUCAUAUCAGCAAAGUGAUCUUCUCUUCUGAAGCUAUGCACACUUUUGGUGACUUGGAGCCUGCAACCUUUUGUACUUACGCAUUCUACGACUUUGAACUUCAGAUAACCCCAGUAGUUUAUGGGAACACCCCAUUAUAUGACUUCACUUCUCAGUUUCUUUUGCAGUCUGAUGACAGCUUCUUCCACUAUAUACAGGAAAACAGCAUCACACUUGAGGUUCAUCGUGCGUAUGGCAUAGAUUAUGAAACAAUUGCUUCUUGUCAACUUAAGUUCCAGGAAAUUUUGGAAAACGAUGGCAAGAUCUACUACACAGCAAAUUUAGUUGGGAAAACAGGACACAUUCAAAAUUAUGGUACCGUGGAAUACUGGAUCAGGUUACAAGUUCCUAUGGACCAAGCAAUUAUUCCCUACAAACAGAGGUCAAAGGCUCUGGGAUAUAUAACGCCCAGUUUUAGAGAGCAUGAACAACCAUCCAAGACACCAACACUCAAAAUGAAGCAGCGUGCAGCUCAAGCACACAAGAGAGUCUCUUUUCUGGAUCUUAGUACAAUACAGAUGUCACAUGUGGUACAGGAGGCUAAACAGGUGUCAGGUGACAAAGCGAAGGAGAUGGCCGAAGAAAUUCAGCAGGAAAAAGAACUCUCUCAUCUGUCAGAGGAGCAGUUGGCUGACCAAACAUUGAUUACUUCUAGAGAUGAAACAGAAAUAAUUGAAGAAUUGCAACCAGAAGAUCAAGAUAAUCAAGAUGAUGCUGUUGAAUCAAUAAAAACUGACAGUGAUGACUGUAUCAUUUCAAGUCCAGUAUCCACAAAUAUUAAACAGCUGAGUCAGAGUGUACAUGGCAAUUAUUUGGAAGUUGAAAAAAUCUGGAUUAAAAUUACAUCACUCUGUCUUACUGAGUCACGAAUUACAGCAGAUGAAACAAUACAGCAGCUGUUUGUAGAAUGCAGAUUAAACAAUUUCCUUGCAGAGGAGACCCCACUGUCUCUUCCAAAACCAACAGGUGGUCAGAGGAUUCACUAUAACUAUAGCACUGUGAUAAAUGUUGAUAAGGAAGAUAAUCAUGCAGAAAGAGAGUAUCUCAAGUCAAUUCUUCUAAAGCCAGAUCUACCUGCUGACAGCCUAAAAUUUACAGUGGUCAGUGACCCCCCAGAAGAUGAACAGGAUCUUGAAUGUGAGGAUAUUGGGAUUGCUUAUGUCAGUUUAAAAGAGAUAUUUCAGAAGCAAAGAGAUAUCAUUGAGCAAGAUAUUGAUGUUUUCGAUUCACAAGAUGCCAGUGCAGUAAUUGGAAAGCUCACAGUGACAGUGGAAGCCCUCAAUGCACUGCGUUUCGUCAGUGAGGAAUGCAAAAAUUAUUAGGAGGCAGGAAAGGAACGUUUGCCUAUGGAAGUUCUUGCUCCCAGUGUAAAGAUUCACUUGAUGGUUCCUUAAAAAUGAGAUCUUUGUCAUUCUUAGGGUUAAUGUAUUUAAUGUAAAAUGUACAUGAAAAAGAUGCUUGAUGUCCAGGUAUUAAGUUUUGUACACUUUUCAGUCUGUUUUCUUAUUUUUAAGGUCCUUGCCAAAUCAUACUUCAGGCUCUUGACACUUGAUAGUAUCGCAGGUUAACUUAGUUCCAAAAAAGUUUGAUUUCAAAUGCAAGCUUGCUAAGUUUUCAGAUACCAGUUGAGGGUAUUUUGUCUAAGGAGGUAAGUGGUGGUGAGCUUUCAAAUAGAAAUGCUUGCAAAUUCUUAUUAAGAGUAGUUCUAUCACAGUACUCUGUCAGAAUACAAUCAUUUGUGUUAGAAGUGACCUUAGGUAGUUUUUAGUCCAGUUACGGCAGGAUUAGGUAUUAUGUUAGGCCAUGUUGCUCAGGGCUGGAUCCAGACUGGUCUGAAAACCUUGAAGGACAGGGACUGCUUAGCUAGUCUGCACAACCUGUUCCAAUGCGUGACUGUUCACAUAGUGAAAAAAGGAGAUGCAUUUCUGAUGGGGUUCUGCUGGAGCCCAGGCUAGCUCAGAGAAACACACCAGCAGCUGCACCAGGUGUGGGGAAUUACCUUGACUUUAUCGGUGCCGACUGAAGGCAGAACCUUUGAGCCUUGUGCUCAACAGACAGGAUUGUCAGCCACAGUCAAGGAGCGGGUAGAGGAGGAGGAAGAGGCUCUCGGUGUGAGAUUCCAGCAGAGAAAGGUUUACUGCUGAAGGGAGUCAGGGACCCAAGAGCCCCGAGCACAGCUCUGCUCGGGAUUUUAUACAGCAGCAACACAAUGGGAGGGUACAAACAAACAGCCAAUGGGGAAUCCAGGAGGAAGCAGUGAAGGGAGGGUAUUACAGUGCAGGAACCAUCAGGGAUGAGGGGGAAUAGAGGAGCGGUCACGCAGGCCAAUGAGGCCUCAAGGGUUAGGGGAUUGACAGGGAAGGAUCCAGAACAAAGGACAGGGUUUACAAUGAUGGACAAGGGGCAGGGUUGUGGUGACAGGCAGGGAAGGUUCAGGAAUAAGGGGUUGGAUUUACAAUGAAGGUCAGUUCAGUGGAGGAUACAACUCCUAGGGGCAAACCAACUUGGGAGGAACAGGGGGGAGCACAAGAAUGAACCAUAUAACUGACAAACUUAUACAUAAAACCACAAGUAAACGAUUGCCACAACACAUUUCUACACGUUACUUCAACCCAAAUUGAAGCCAAACCUAUAUCUAAGCACAUGGAGCAGCUUUUGCACUUAAUGCACCAUCUAAUAAUUUAAUUGGUUGGGUUUUUUCUUAAUUCUAGGGAUGGCAUGUUUGUCAUUUGUUUCAGACAUUUAACAUUUUGCACAGAAAUAAAAAUAACAAAGCAUUUUAGUGUUGAUUUUCAUGCUUUGCAGUAUGCCAUCUAAUUGUCAUCCAGUUUUGUGAAGCAGCUGAGAAGAAAUAGCUGUUACUGUUGUCAAUGUGAUUUGCUCAGGCAAUGUUUCUGUACAUUUCAGUGGUAAACAAUUUGUUAUGUUUUAUUCCUGGGUUUGGAGUUUUUUAUAUUAGGCUUAGAUUAUUUUAAGAGUAAGGAUAGCUGCAGCAGUGUAAGACAGGUCUUCAACACAAUUAGCAAUUUCUUGUUUCACAUUUUUGUGGAUCUGGAAAAUAAUCUAUUUUCUACUUAGACAAACUCUCAUUCUUGUUAAAUGCAGAAUUAUUUCCAUAUGUAUUAAAGUCACAAGAACUGAACCAUUCUUGAAAAAAUGUUACAAAAAUAUG